GGAUUCCGGGCAAGAUCAGCUCUGGCCGUCUCCGCGGUGCAAUUUAAUAAAACAAUCGUAAAUGAAGUAACCCGUCCUAGAGUGCCCUAGAAUAUCGGUGGACAAUUCUGACAAUGGAUACAAAACGAUGGUGAUCUAGUGCUUCUGUGAAUGAGUGAUUUAAUGUGUGAAAUUGAGUGAUUGUGAAACGUUCAUUUACACAAAAUGACGGAGUUCUUUGGCUCUUGGAGCAACAAAGAUGACGACGGCGAAGAUGUUGAGGAAACAGUGGAGACUGUGGAAACGGUCACCACGACGAGGACCACGAGGAGGCAGUCACACGUCCCAUCAAAGUCGUCAAGUACGAAGACGACGACAAUGACGACACCGGCCAAACUAUACGGAAGAGAGUUGUCUACAUACGAUGAAAUCGAUGUCGAUGAGUUACUGGCCAAACUAUCGCAGGAAGAGCUGACUAUGCUCGCCAAGGAAGUUGAUCCAGAUGACACCUUUUUACCACCAUCACAAAGGACAAACUAUGCUUGUGAAAAGGAUCCCACUGGCCCAUUGAACCGUAAGAAGUUAAUUGAACACAUAAACAAACAGGCCCUCGAAACACCUGACCGUCCAGAGGUGAAGCCCUAUGUCGCUGGUGUCAUUCGAGGGAAGAAGUGGAUCCCACCACCGCCUCCAGAAAAAAUUCGCGAUGCCGACGAACAAAUAACAAUUGAUCUCGGUGACGAAUAUGAACAAGCACUAAGUAGCGCCUCGCAGGAGGAAAUAAUCGACCUUGCGGCUAUUCUCGGUUUCCACUCUAUGAUGAAUCAAGACCAAUAUCACGCAUCAUUAUUGAAUAAAGGACAACCCGUUGGCCUUGGGUGGGACGGUAUCACUAAAGCUACUAAACCUAAGGUAUACCCAAUGGACCCGCCAAAUGACGCUGACCCCGACGACACCAUCAAAAGGGUGCAGGAGAAUGACCAGAAAUUCACAGAUCUCAAUUGGAAUAAUAUUAAGAACAUAAGCGAUGAGAAAUUCGAGAAGCUCUUCGAAGCGCUCAAGACGAACACCAAUCUGGAAGUGUUGUCCCUGGUGAACGUCGGUCUCAACGACCGCACAGCCCAGUUGCUGGCCGAUGCUCUUGAGAUGAACUCGACUCUACGAGUGGUCAAUGUGGAGACGAACUUCAUCAGCCCGCCCGGUGUAGUGCAGCUAGUUAAGGCUCUGCUCACUACCAAUACGGUGGAGGAGUUCAGGGCUUCUAACCAGCGGUCGCAAGUGCUCGGCAACAAGAUCGAGAUGGAGAUCACGAAGCUGGUGGAGGCGAACCCCACGCUGCUGCGGCUCGGGCUGCACCUCGAGUACAGCGACGCGCGCCACCGCGUCGCCAGCCACCUGCAGAGGAACAUCGACAGAAAUUGCCGAGUGCAAAAGCGCACUAGCGUGUCGCUUCGGCUGCGCCUGCCGCGCGGCAGGCCGGCCGCCGUCGGCAUCGACCCUAGCCUGUUCAACCUGACGCCGCCCAGCGCGGAGACGCCCACGCCCACCGAGACGGUAAUACAGAGACGGGGCGACGAGAGCGUGGAGGGAACAGUCCUCGUCCCGGCCGCGCCCGCACACAACGGCGACGCCCACGAGCGCACGCAGUUGCCCGACUUUAACCCCAACCCGUACUCUACGCCAGCAGCGACGGAGCCAAACUAGCGCUUAGGGGACGCAUCGUAACAUGUGGUGGGAGGGUUCUGCGCUUGACUCGAUUCACACGCAGCCGCAGCUACGUAGUGGGUUGGAUCCCGUGAAUCCAUAGAUUUACACAUUUCUCUCAGAAAUGUCGACAGGAAACAUUAUGAUCCCAUUUCUGAUGCAAUUGGAUUGGCUAGUUAUUUAAAUAAAGAGCUCUGAUUGGUCGUUGAAAUUGUUAAAUCGAUUGAUUUCGUGUCGAUAUCUUUGAAGAAACUAACGUUCUGAGCUGCUCUCGCCCCGCGCUCGCUGCCUAUACCUGUCCACAAUCUUUGUAACUGUGUAGUUCGAUUGACAUUUAUAUUGAUAAAAAAACUUUAUAUUAUUCAAAGCUUCGUCACUUCGCUUGAGUCGGACUAUAAGCUUGUUUCACAUGACGAUGUCAAUUUUUUAUUCAAAUACAUUUUUAACGUCGUUCUUUGGAAUCUAGCUUGACGCUUUGCAUAAUGUUUUUAAAGUGUUCACAGAGGUCGCUUUCAAAGUGUUACAUGUGCGCUUUACGACACUCGUAUUAAAUUUUUCUCGUAUAUUCUUAUUGGAAUGUUUUGACUACACAAUCACAGAGACGAAAGAGACAGAAUUAUGUUUGUAUGUGGGUAUCUGUGCUCGACAGGAAUUGUGAAUUUAUUACCAUAAAUAAUAAUUCUUUAUAGCUAGACGAUGGCCGGCCCAUCCCUAGAUUGUCUAUGGUGAACUAGAACGAAAUAAAGUCACAAUUUUUGUCCAUGUCCGAAUGAAUGUAUGUUUAUUAAUUCUUAAUCUAGUGUGCUAAUGAAUCGUAUUAAUUUUAUCAUUUUAAUGAAUUGUAAUAUAUGUUAAUUGUGUACAUUCCGUUAACGCUUAACAUGCUUCUCCUUUAAUAUUAAAAAUUGUAAAAAAAUACAUCAUAAGAUUUUUGGGAUAUAAAUAUAUAUUUUUUUUACAUUAAUUUAUUGUUAUAAAAAUGAAGUGUUAAGGACCUAAUCUGGCUGAAAUUAUAAUAUCGACCAACCUUAUAUUAUUCUAUGAAAAGUGACAUAAUUUUGUAGAAUGUUUCAACGAGAAGUCAUGUUCCGCGUAAACGGAGGAUAAGUUUCAAUUAUACUAUAAAUCAUUAGGUUUUAUAAUCGCAGAUUUUUAAUACCGCAUCGAAAACAUCUUUUUUGUACAGAGGAAUCUUUUGAUGUAAAGAAAUGAAAAGGCUUUAGGUGUUAUCGGCUUCAUAUAUAACCUGUAGCUCUUUGAAAUUUGCUAAUCUUUUAUUCUUUGUAUAUUAAUAGUUAAAACGUUGUGAUAAACAUCAUGUUUUUUCCAUUAAAAAUGCUUUGUUUUUCAAUUUCAUUUUAAGAUUAUUAUUUGUAUAUGAAUUUAGAUUUUUUAAAUAUUCUUUUAUUGUACCGAUAUUGAGAUGAAAUUUUAUUAUUUAAUGUAAUGAUAGAUUUUAUUUAUGUUUAUUUGACUCGGGAGCAUUUUGGUUCAAAGAAAACCUCGAUAAGUAGAGUCGCAGUUCUGUAGUUUGUGACAAAAAGUAAUAAAGUACAUAAACAAUA